AUGAUCAGUGCUACCUCGUUCUUGAAUCAUCCCGGUACCCGACCGCCCCGGUACCGCACGCCGUCCCCCCCGCGACGCGCCGUCGAGCCGAUUUCGCCCUGCACCACCGCCGACUUCCGUGCAUCCUGGGCCGACCGCGGAGUCCCCCGGGCUGCCACGGUAGAUCGCUCUCGCUUCUCCCCGAAUGAUGGUCGAUUCAAGAUCGCGGAGGGGGGCGCUUCCCGGCGGUCCGGCCAUGGCCGAUCAAAUUCCACCAUCGAUACCCUUGCGACCAUUGCGUUGGCGACGAGCCCGACCUUCGCACCCCUCUCCUAUCGCCCGUCCUCCCAGAAUUCCGCGUCCGCCAUGUCGCUGUUCCCAUCCGAACCCGCCGACUCCGCCGAACGGCCUGCAAAGCGGCCGCGGUCGGAGAAAGACCCGUCGCCCUUCCACCAGCCCGCUCCGGCGGCCGUGCCGGACGCCGACUCUUCCGUCUUAGACAGCAUGAAGACCGAUGCAGAGCUUCUCUUGAACUUUGCGCGACCCUCGAAUUUCCCUCCCAUAUCACAUCCACCCAAACGCGUCAGUAUCGAUCAGUCAUACCCCUAUCAGCAUGGCCAUGAUAUGAACGGCCCCGCCAGGACGGCCUUGGGAGCGGCGCCCACGGGGCCGCAGGGCUACAGUGGUCCGGGCGGCGGAGGCGUCCCGCCCUCCCGCAUGCGAUCGCAGUCGGAUGGCUCCACCGCCGUCUCGAGGCCCGUCAUCCACGGGAUGAGGCCCAGCACGAGCGCGUCCACGCUUCCGCCGAUACCGUGGCAGGAGGAAGACGGGGGUGCUGAAGACCGGUGGGGCAACACCGCCAUCGACGAUGCGCCUGUGAUCCACCCGGGGCCGACGGGGAUGACGGGUCCCGACGCGGCGCCGAUGCAUCCGCCAAUCAAGCGGGGCGACGAGACCGAGUCGCAGGCCUCCGGUCAGGCCAGCUGCGCCGCCUGCAACCUCGACCGGAUCCCGGUGGACACGGAGGAACUGGACGGCGUGACGUGGAUCAGUUGUGACGGCUGCAAGCGGUGGUUCCACAUCGUCUGCGCCGGGUUCAAGAACGAUCGCGAGAUCCGGACCGUCGACAAGUUCAUCUGCCGGGGGUGUCGGCCCGUCCACGGGCAGACGACCUUCGUCCGCAAGUCGUCCCGCGCCCGGACGUCCAUCGACUAUGCGGGACUGAACCAGGGCCUGGUGAAGGCCGCCUCCGACGCGCUGGAGCACCAUUACAUCGAGCCGAUCCGCGAGGGCAAGAUCCACUUUCUCCCCGAGUCCUUCCCGCGGAUGCGCCCGGAGCUGGUCACCGCCGAGUACUUCGAGCGGGGCAAUGGCAUGUCCGAACCCAUUGUCAUCCCCGCCUGCUGGAACACCUGCGACUCGGUCCCCGCCGCCGAUCCCGACUUUGACGCGCUCGCCGGCGACGCCUCAACCCAGGAGAUGUUCGACGAACUGCUCGAACACUUGCCCGCGGACGACGAGGACCAAACUCUGGAGCCGGUGGUCGAUUGCGGCCAAGACCAGUUGGACAUGGUGCUCCCCCGCGGCUUGACCGUCCGGGCGGUAGCCGAGUUGUACGGGCCCGAAGAGCGCGUGGAGGUCAUCGACGUCAAAUCCCAGCAGGGGGAGGACCGGCGCUGGACCAUGCAGAAGUGGGCGGAUUACUACGAGAGCACCGGGGCCAAAGUCGUCCGGAAUGUCAUCAGCCUGGAGAUCUCCCAAAGCAAACUGGGCAAGCUGAUCCGUCGACCCAAGGUCGUCCGCGACCUGGAUCUGCAGGAUGCCGUCUGGCCCGCCGAACUCCAGGCCGUCGGCGAAUACCCCAAGGUCCAGUUUUACUGCCUGAUGUCGGUCGCGGACUGCUACACCGACUUCCACAUCGAUUUCGGCGGGUCCUCGGUUUACUAUCAUAUCCUCAAGGGCAAGAAGACCUUCUUCUUCAUCCCGCCCAAGGACAAACACCUGAAGAAGUACGAGGAAUGGUGCAAUUCGCCCGCCCAAGACGACACCUUCCUCGGCGAUCAGACCCAGGAAUGCUACCGGGUGGAUCUCUCCGAGGGCGAUACCAUGCUGAUCCCUUCGGGGUGGAUCCACGCCGUCUGGACGCCGGAAAACAGUCUGGUGAUCGGUGGGAACUUUCUGACGCGGCUAAAUUACGGCAUGCAGAUCAAGAUCGCCAAGAUCGAGAAGGACACGAAGGUGCCCCGGAAGUUCCGAUACCCGUACUUUCAGAAGAUCCAGUGGUACACGGCGCUGCGGUAUCUGGAGGACGACCCGAUCCCCCAGAGUGUCUCUGACGCCUUCGCCCACGACGAGAAUUACCGCUUCUACCGCGAAUAUCCCGUCUACUACGAAUUCGGAGAGCGCGCCACCGAUCACCCUCGCGGGUCCCCCGCCCACAACUCCCGCUUCUACUCUCAAGCGGAGUUGGAGGGUUUGCCGGAUCUCGCCAAGUAUCUCCUCCGGACCGCCUUGAUCGCCAACGGUUAUGCCAUUGAGGGCGUGACGGCGGACACCCGAAACGCUAUCCGACGCUCGAUCCCCAAGGGCGUUGGAGACCCGGUGGAGACGGUCCGGGCCUUCGGGAUCUGGGUGGCCUGGAAGCGGGGGAACGAAAAAGCGGCCAGCUGGACGCGCCCCGGCGUGAUCGAGAGCAACGCCAAAUUGACCCUGGUCGAGAAGAAGCCCGCUGGGAGGCCGAGCCGCCGCUCGGAACGCAAUCAGGACAGCCAGCGCAUGUACACCGAGCGACAGGCCGUGCAGCGGUUUCCCGAACCCUCCGAACCCCGCGAAAUCCCCAAUGGCCAUGCCAACAGCGGCGGGCUCCCUCUCCCGUCGAGCAGCAGCAGUGUUCCCACGACAUCGCACUCUUCAGGAAAUCCUCCGGCCGAAGAAGCCUCCCCCCCGGUUCCUCCUCUCAAACCUCGCAAUACUCCGCGUGGCUCUGGUCUGGGCCCGAAACGGGUUGCUUGCGAUGCUUGCCGCAAGCGCCGCAUCCGAUGCCACCACAAGGAUGGAAAUAGCGACGCGAUCUCGAGUAAGCAGAUGACUGUUGGCGCCUUCGCGCCGGGGAGUCAAACCUCUCUGGCGCACGAUGCCGCAACGGCUCUAAACUCCUUGGCCGCCAUUGCAUCUGAGGCAGGCCUCCCGGACGGCGGCAGUGGGGGGACUUUAGAUCCUCUCGAGGCUGCCGCCAAAUACGGUUCGACCGUCAUGGUGACUCCGCAUACGGCCAGCAGGUUUACGGAUAUUGGCCCGGAUGGUACCAGUACCGGGAAGAAAGGACGCAGCAAGGCCUGUGACGACUGCCGCAAGAGCAAGCGUCGGUGCAUCCACGACGAAUACGGUAGAAUCGAUCCGAUCAAGGCACAGGAGCGCGCAAAACCUCGAGCAGCGGCGUCGGCGAAACGGCCUCGCCCAAGCGAAGAAGGACCUCUGUCAACCAUGAAUAAGAAACCGAAGCAGGAGAGCACGUCUCCCUUGAUGCAGUCCGCACAUCUCCACGGCAGAGGCGGUCCGAUUCCGGAUACUCUGGACAUCCAGUCGUCUCGGCACUUCGAGGGGGCCGUGCCCUCCGACAACUCCCAUGCAGACAUCCCUUAUCCCAAUCCGGUCGCCGACUUGCAGCAAACGGACGAAAUGGACAUAGACAAAGACGUUGUCCUGGGACAGACGUCGUACGCAUCGCCGCCCGCGUUCCAGACGGAUCCCGUUGUCACGAAGGAUGUCAAUUCGACCUCGGUGUCCUCCAAGCCGACCAAUUCGCUCGUAUCGCCACCCACAUCACAGGCCGACGAGACGGACAUCCCCCACGAACAUGGUGAUGGUGAGGGGGGACACGGGACGAUCAUCCAUACGCCGACAUCCAGUUCCCGCCAUUCCUCCCGCCAACCCCGCCAUCUUGAUCGGUACCUUUCGGAGACACACUCCAGCACCAAGGCGAAUAAACCAGCAGCCCACCCCGCACCCCAGCGCCGUGCAUCAUUCAGCGCAUCUGGCACACCCAAACGCACGACCACGCCGGGUCCUUCCUCAGGGUUCAAGAAGUCCUCAUCGCGGCCGUCAUCCUCCCACGCCAAGAAGAGCUUCUUCCCCUCAGCCGACAAAAGAGCCGAUCGGUCGAUGGCCUCGGCCGCGUCUCCGGGACCCUCAACUAAGAAUCAGCAACAUGAGAAGGCUGGCUCCGUUGACGGGGAGCCAGACGCCGAGAGUCUGCGUCUGAUCCGGGAGCUGCAGGAGCAAGAGUUCGGACUGCGGAAACGGUCGACGCGAGUGUAG